CCUCCUCCCAGCUUCUCUCUCGCUCGCUCGCUCACUCUCUCUCUCUCUCUCAGAGUCUGUAUUUCCACCUGUCUCCCUCACUGCCAACACUUCUGUUGUUCCCUCUUCUAGGUGAAGAUGGCGGCCCAGGAGAGCUGUCUGAGUCUCAUCAAGUACUUCCUGUUCGUGUUCAACCUCUUCUUCUUUGUCCUAGGCAGCCUGAUUUUCUGCUUCGGCAUUUGGAUACUCAUCGACAAGACCAGCUUCGUGUCCUUUGUGGGUCUGUCCUUUGCACCCCUGCAGACCUGGUCCAAGAUCCUGGCCGUCUCAGGAAUCCUCACCAUGGGCCUGGCCCUCCUGGGUUGUAUGGGGGCACUCAAGGAGCUGCGCUGCCUUCUGGGCCUGUAUUUUGGAGUGCUGCUGCUCCUGUUUGCCACACAGAUCACUCUGGGGAUUCUCAUCUCCACUCAGCGGAUUCGGCUGGAGCGAAAAGUUCAGGAGCUCGUGCUGGAGACCAUCCAGAAUUACCGCAUGAACCCAGAGGCGACGGCAGCCGAGGAGAGCUGGGACUAUGCACAGUUUCAGCUGCGCUGCUGCGGCUGGCACAGCCCCCGGGACUGGUUCGGUGUGCUGAGCAGCAAUGAGACCGAGGGGCCUCAUGUGCCCUGCUCCUGCUACAACACAUCGUCCACCAACGACUCCACCAUCUCCCACAAGAUCUUCUUCUCCCAGCUUGGCCUGCUGGGCCCGCGAGCGCGGCCCAGGCCCAGCGCAGACCUCUGUGUGGUCCCCGCCAACGAGUACACCUACAGUGAGGGCUGCGCUCGGAGUCUCCAGAAGUGGCUGCAUAACAACCUCAUCUCCAUAGUGGGCAUUUCUCUGGGCGUCGGUCUACUCGAGCUCGGCUUCAUGACCCUCUCCAUAUUCCUGUGCAGAAACCUGGACCACGUCUACAACCGGCUCACUCGCUACCGCUAGGUCCCAUCCAGCCCCUACCAGGUGCCCAGGGCUUCUCCCUUGGGUCUGUACAUGUUUGUUUCACCCCUUGACUCAUCCUAGUCAUUGAGCCCCUCCACCUCCUCAUUCCCUGGGGACCCAUGGUCUGCCUACUGCUCUGCGAUCACCUCCCCCUUGGGACCUUGGGCUUCCGUCCACCAGCUUCCUGUACCCCCCCAAACCUCCCUUCUUUCUUUGUCUCUUCUGUUGGUCUACCACGUCCCACAAGAUUAUUUUUCGACCAAACCUCAAAUAAAUCCCCUGUGUUUUGGUAAAA